UACUCGCUCGUCGAGGGCUCCGAGGUCGCGGGCAUGCUCGACGUCAAGGCCGCGGAGGCGGCGGAGCUCCUGGGCGUGCCCGUGGCCCAGGCCGAGGCGCUGCUCCGGCACGCGGGGUGGAACUCGGAGCGGCUCAUGGAGGGCUUCUGGGGAGACGGCGAGCGGCUGAGCCGCGCGGCGGGCGUCGAGGCCUGGGGGAGCGAGGCGGCGCCCGUCGGCCGCGGCGAGAUCACGUGCCGCAUCUGCUUCGCCGACUGCGCCCCCGGGGAGACGCUCGCGGCGCCGUGCGGCCACCGGUUCUGCGGCGACUGCUACGGCGGCUACGCGUGCAACAAGGUCGACGAGGGCCCGGGCUGCGUGGGCAUGGCCUGCCCCGAGGCCGGGUGCGCCUGCGUCGUGCCCCCGGACGUCCUCGACACAUGCCUCGACGCGCCGCGGCGCGCCAAGCUCGCGCGGUUCCGCGUCGAGAACUACGUGUCGUUCACCAAGGAGCUCCGGUGGUGCCCCGGCGCGGGCUGCACCAAGGUCGCCCGCGCGGGCCCCUGCGUCGGCGCCGUCAAGUGCGCGCCCAACGGCUGCGGCGCGAACUUCUGCUUCCGCUGCGGCGAGGAGGCGCACGCGCCGUGCGACUGCGCGCUCGUCGCGCGGUGGGUCGAGAAGUGCCAGAACGAGUCCGAGACCGCGAACUGGAUCCUGGCCAACACGAAGCGCUGCCCCAAGUGCCAGACGCGCAUCGAGAAGAACCAGGGCUGCAACCACAUGAACUGCUCCCAGUGCAAGUACGAGUUCUGCUGGAUGUGCAUGGGCGACUGGUCCGACCACGGCGCGACGACGGGCGGCUACUACAAGUGCAACAAGUACGACCCGGCCAAGGCCGACGCCGACGACGGCGACGACCAGGCGCGCGCGAAGCGCGAGCUCGACCGCUACCUCCACUACUACAAACGCUACCACGGCCACGACCAGGCCAUGGCCUUCGCGACGAAGCAGCUCGAGGCCACCGAGCGCCGCAUGGUCGAGCUCCAGGAGUCGACCCAGGGCUCCUGGAUCGACGUCCAGUUCCUCAAGGCCGCCAACGAGAUGGUCAUCGAGUGCCGCCGCGUGCUCAAGAACACGUACGUCUUCGGCUACUACCUCCCGACGGACGCCGCGAAGCAGCGCGAGCUCUUCGAGAACCUCCAGGAGCACCUCGAGAAGUUCACCGAGACGCUCUCCGAGAUGACCGAGCUCCCCAUCGACCAGAUGGACCGCACGGAGAUCGUCAACGUCACGCGCGUCACCGAGUCCUUCCUCGCGAACCUCAUCCAGGGCGCCGAGGCCGGCCUCGACAUGUCCGCCGCGUGAGCGCGGGCCCCUUGUCCACAGCGCGCGCGCCCGACCGGCCGCGCCGCCCCGCCACUCCCCCCGUGUAGCAUAGACAAAUUCUUCACC